UCAAUAAACUACAGCCCCGGUACCUAAACUUCUGGAUCGAGCCCCCGCAAAACCUGCUACUAUACCCACCCCUCCAACCCCGCAAACAAGACUCUCUCCAUCAGCUACAAUCACACCAGCUCCCGCAUAUUCCACACCCUCGCCGACCCUCCCGAUCCCGGUCCCGCGAUUCGGUUCAGCUUCGCCCCAGCAGGUUCCAGAGAUUGCGACCGCUGUGUCACCGUCUUCCGGAUCACCAUUAGCACUUUCGCCCACGUCGGCCGCGAUCGCGAACCCGUUCCGACGAGAGGACGCAGGCAGUGGUGCUCGCAGAUCAUUUGAGUCGCGGCUUUCAUCCGAAUCAGCCGCGUCCAACUCCGCCCCCGCCGCUCCAGCCGCUGCACCUGCACCUGCCCCUGCCCCUGCUGCUCCGCCAGCCAACCCGUCCCCCGCGAAAGCUCCGCAGCCAAUGCCGCUGAAAUCAGCACUCGCGACACCGUCGCCUGCUGCGGCGAUUGCAAGCUCGACGGAUGCGGUGAGCGCGGUGGAGGCGUUUACGCAGAUGUUGCUCGGGAAUCAGACGAUGGCGCGCAGGUCCUCGGAGCUGUCGUCUAAGAGUCCGUCGGUUAAAUUCAACGACGAGGUAGUCGAGAUCGAGCCGCCGCGAGAGUACUACGAUGACGAUGAUGACGACGAUAUGGUGAUGGGAGACAUGGCAGUGAACAAUGUGGUCGCAGACGUGGACGGGAACGAGUCAUCUUCAGAUGACGACGAAGGCCCAGAGGUUAUCGACAACGACGUCAAGACAAUUUACUCGGCUCCAAAGAUCGAGGCGCCAAAACCACGACUUCCAAUCGUCAUGAUCCCAUCUCCAGAACCGCCUGCGAUUAUACCUGCUCCUGAACCUCAGGUAUUGUCGCCUGAGAUUCCUGCUCCUGAAGUCUAUGCUCCUGAGCCAGUGGCGCCGGCUAUCGUGAGCGAACCGGCUCCUGUUCCUGUUCCUGCUCCUGCGGUCUUGACUGAAGACGAAAUCUCGCAGGCCCCGAAGAUUCACACCAUUAGAUCCCAGCAUUACCUCUUUGUUCCUCAGCAACCACAAACCGAGGCUGAACCCGAGCCCACGUCUCCGCAGCAGCAACCGGUAGCCCCAGCAUCGGAUCAUCACUCUAGAAGGCCGGCGCCUCCACCCCCACCGCCCCCUCCCCGAAAAGGACAACAGCCUUCUGCGCAGCAGCAGCCGCAGCCGUCUUCCGAGCCACAAAGAUCACCUACGGAGCCAAGUGCGUCAAAGCCAGCUCCCACAAUCGUCCCGCCAACGACAGCUGCUGCGCCAGCAUCCACCACCGCACCCCUAUCGCCGCUCUCAGCCGACGAAUUCGAAGCCGCGUUUCAAUUCCAACCGCUUUUCCCCGCUGCGCCGUCGCCGUCAAUGACAUCACCUCCUUCCUUCCCGUCCCCGGAAUCCGCACCUCCGUUACCACCCGCUAAGGCCCCGUCUCCCUCAGAUCCUCAAGCGGCUGUACAGUCCGCCGACGCCAAACCCCACCGAUCUAUCCCCUCACGACAUGCUCCGCCCCCGCCUCCCCCGUCCAGAAGACGUGCGGGUCACGCCUCGCAAGGCUCGAUCCAGCCUCAGCAGCAGCAACAGCAGCAGCACGGAGCUCGGCCACCGCCGCCUCCUCAUGCUGCUGCGCCGCCUCCGCCGGCGGCACCGGCAGCCAGCACCGAUGACGGGCCUGAUUUGCUUGCUGACCUGGCAAGGUUACAGAGGGAGGUGGAUGAGUUGCGCUUACGGCAUUUGCAUGACGACGACGAGUGAAAGCUAUAAUAAAGAGAGGAAGAAGGGGAAAGUACCAUUGUCAUCAUAUCCACGAAUGUACUCAUGUCAUGUCAUCGUAUGUCAUUGUUUUGUAUAGGUGGUUUCGAAAGAGUUUAUUCUUCAUCGUGCAUAUUUUUUUGUU